AUGUCAGCACGCUCGGUACUUGGUGGUCGACUGACCUCGACCUCUAUUGGCUCUCUCGCCGCCCCUUCCCCAUGGAUGGCUUCCCAACAGGUCGCACGCCUGUACUCAACCGCCGUCCGUCCGUCGCCGACUACCGCGUCCAAGCUCGCUAUCCAGCGUCAUGUUCAGCCCAUUUCUCCAGCCCUAGACCGUUCCACCAAGCGCAUGCAGUCAACAACUUCCGCACAAGAUGAAGUAAAGCUCGACUGGAAUUCCUUCUUCAAGCUCCGUGCUUCCCGCCGUCGCUACUCCUUGGCCUCUUCCGUUGCGAGCUCCCUCGUGAGCACUACCGCUGGUGUGCAGAUUUUGUCAGCUCAGGAUUUGGAAUCUUUGGGCGCUCAGGUUAUGGGCCUGGACCCCUUCGUGGUUCUGGGAUUGGCAACAGCUGCUUGUGGUGCUGUCGGGUGGCUCCUGGGCCCAGUUGUCGGCAAUGGCAUCUGGGGUAUGGUUCACCGAAAAUACAAACCAUCCGUUGCAACUAAAGAGAAAGAAUUCUUCGAUCGCAUUCGCAGAUUCCGUGUUGACCCUUCGACAAACUCGAUCGCCAACCCCGUCCCAGAUUACUACGGCGAGAAAAUCGGCAGCGUGCAAGGAUACAGGCAGUGGCUUAAGGACCAGCGCGCCUACAACCGAAAGCGCCGCAACUUCAUUGCUUAA